GAGAUAUAAACGUUUACCUCAAGCAAGUGCAACCAGUCAUGAGACCCAACUCUAUAAAACCAGUCAGCUUCGGGAUCGUUUUCCUUGAAAAUCCUGAUGAACUAGGCAGUGAUAUACCUAUCUACAGGUCGGCUUCUUUGCACUUGACACAAUUUCCCUGACAAAUCCGCAGCUGUCGGAACAGCCAACUUACGAAUCAAACUCCAAGCGACCUGGAAAG